AUGCGGGAGUACGUGGACGAGCACAUCAUGAGCAACGUGCACGACUGGGACGAGAAGGGCGUGAUCCCCAAGGAGAUGUACCUGGAGGCCGGCAAGCAGGGAACCCUGGGCCUGUGCAUUGGCCGGCCAUGGCCUGAGAAGUAUUUCGGCCCGUCCCCUUGGGGCUUUGAGCCGGACUACUUCCAUGAGCUCAUCAUGUACGACGAGAUGUCCCGCACGGGCUCCGUUGGCUUCCAGUGGGGCAUCGCAGGCGGCACCACCAUCGGACUGCCGCCGGUGUACCACCACGGCAGCGAAGAGUUGAAGCAGCGGGUGAUGCCAGCCUGCGUCAAGGGAGAGAAGGUGUGCUGCCUGGCCAUCACGGAGCCAACCGCAGGUAGCGACGUGGCCAACCUCAAGUGCACAGCCAAGCUGGAGGGUGAUCACUACAUCCUGAACGGCGAGAAGAAGUGGAUUACGAACGGCAUCUUCGCCGACUACUUCACCGUGGCAUGCCGCACGGGCAAGCCAGGGGUGGGCGGCAUCAGCUUGUUGCUGGUGGAGAAGGGCAUGCCGGGACUGGAGACCCGCAAGAUGAAGUGCUCAGGUGCGUGGUCGUCCGGCACCACGUACAUCACCUUUGACGACGUGAAGGUGCCCAAGGGCAACCUGUUGGGCAAGGAGGGCAAGGGAUUCCAGUACAUGAUGCAGAACUUCAACCACGAGCGCUUCGCUUUCUGCGCUAUGAGCACGCGUUUCGCGCGGGUGUGCUUGGAGGAGUCGCUGAAGUUUGCCGGCAAGCGCAAGACGUUUGGGAAGACGCUCAUUCAGCACCCCGUGAUUCGCUUCAAGGUGGCUGAGAUGGCGCGCCAAGUGGAGGCCACUCACAACUGGCUGGAGUGGAUCACCUACCAGCUGAACACCAUGCCCAAGCUCGAGGCCAUGCUGAAGCUGGGUGGGCACACGGCCCUGUGCAAGGUCCAGUGCACCAAGGUCAUGGAGUACUGCGCCCGCGAGGCCGCUCAGAUCUUCGGCGGGCUGUCCUACUCCCGUGGCGGCCAGGGUGAGAAGGUGGAACGAUUGAACCGAGAGGUCCGCGCCAUGGCCAUUCCAGGUGGCUCUGAGGAGAUCAUGCUGGACUUGGGCGUGAAGCAGUCCACCAAGUUGGCCCAGAUGGCCAAGAUGUUUGCUGAGGCGGCGCCCCAGCCACAGGCAGCCAAGCUGUAA